AGCAGGUUCGUGUGCGUUAUAAAUACUGCCUCCAACCGGGGGAAACAAAAUGAGCACCCGAGACACCCGAAAGAGCCGCGUCCGGCCACCGCUUCAUGAUCACUGCGAGAAGGAUGCUGCAACAAGCUCUGAGAGUGUCCGGCCGCAGCGCCUUCCCGCUGCUCAAGUGGAUGGAGAGAUGGGUCGAGGGCGCUUCAUCAGCAGCCGCCAAACAGAAGCAGCAGGAGGCGGUGGAGGUCAGGAGUCUGGACCACAUGCCUGGACCGUCGGUGGUCAGCUUCGCCUGGGAUCUGUUCGCCAAACGAGGGCUGUCCAGGCUGCACCAGUUACAGCUGGAAGGCGUGCAGCGGUACGGGCCCAUGUGGAAGGCGAGCUUCGGCCCCAUCCUGACAGUUCAUGUGGCCGAUCCAGCGCUCAUUGAGCAGGUGCUGAGGCAGGAGGGCCAGCACCCCAUGCGCUCUGACCUCUCCUCCUGGAAGGACUACAGGCAGCUCAGAGGACACCACUAUGGACUCCUGACAUCUGAAGGGGAGGAGUGGCAGUCGGUGAGAAGCCUCCUGGGGAAGCACAUGCUGCGCCCAAAAGCAGUCGAAGCUUACGAUAAGACCCUGAACGGCGUGGUCAGCGACCUCGUUGCCAAACUUCGCCUUCGCAGGGGCUCCCAGGGCCUCGUCUCCGACAUCGCCAGCGAGUUCUAUCGCUUCGGCCUCGAGGGCAUUUCCUCGGUGUUGUUUGAAUCCAGAAUCGGCUGCCUGGAUGAGGUUGUCCCAGAAGAGACAGAGCGUUUCAUCCAGUCGAUCAACACCAUGUUUGUGAUGACGCUUCUCACCAUGGCCAUGCCCAAGUGGUUACACCAGCUGUUUCCUAAACCCUGGAACAUCUUCUGUCAGUGCUGGGACUACAUGUUUGACUUCGCAAAAGGCCACAUUGACCAGCGUCUGACGGCCGAAGCAGAGAAGGUUGCCCGUGGAGAGAAGGUGGAGGGUCGUUAUCUCACCUACUUCCUGUCGCGGACCGGGCUGCCAUUGAAGACGGUCUACAGCAACGUCACCGAGCUGCUUCUUGCAGGAGUCGACACAAUCUCCAGCACCAUGUCCUGGUCGUUGUACGAGCUGUCACGUCACCCCGAGGUGCAGGCAUCGCUGCGGGAUGAGGUGCUGAGCGUGCUGGAGGGUCGGAGCAUACCGGAGGCAGCAGAUGUGGCCCGCAUGCCUCUCCUGAAAGCCACAGUCAAAGAAGUGCUCAGGUUGUACCCCGUUAUUCCUGCCAAUGCAAGAGUCAUCACAGAGAAAGACAUCGAGGUCGGAGGCUACCUCAUCCCUAAAAAUACUCUGAUCACCCUGUGCCACUUUGCAACAUCACGGGAUCCAGCGGUGUUUACAAAUCCAAAUGAGUUCCAGCCCCAUCGGUGGCUGAACAAGGACCAGACUCACCACCCGUACGCCUCCGUACCGUUUGGCGUGGGAAAACGCAGCUGCAUAGGUCGUCGUAUCGCCGAGCUGGAGCUCUACCUCGCUCUCGCCAGGAUCCUCAUAGAGUUCGAUGUGAAGCCGGACCCAGAAGGGAUUUCCGUGAAGCCCAUGACACGGACGCUACUGGUUCCUGAAAGUGUCAUUAACCUCCAGUUUGUUGAACGAUGACCCACUCUCCUGUGCUGAUCUGUUACAUGAGAGAGAACGCCCGCAGACGGGAGUUAACACAGGAGCCGUGAGCCGGUUGCACGCAGUUAGAGCGGACCUUCAACCUUCGACACGACACGACAAAGGCCAAAGCCCUCCGUACCCGUAACCUAGUGUCGUGAGGAGAAGGACAGAAUGAAUGAAGGAUGAGCAGCGACAACUCAUCACUGAGGCUUUCCACUGGGAGCAGUGUAACUCCAAAUGUAAUACUGUGGGGUUUUUUUUUUUAGACUAAAAUCACCAUCAAGCACUUAUUUGCACAGAAGCCAAGACUGAGCAGUACGUUUCAAUAGACAAUCUUAAAGUGAGCGUGUUGGCCGUAUUUGAAGCUGAUUUUAUAUUUUCGAGUAACCCCUUCCUUAAUCUGAUUAUGACUUGUGAUCGUCUGCGCUUUUAGCUAUAUACAGAAUUUCUUGUGUGUCCUGGUCGUGCAGAUAUUUCAUUUAGUUUCCUGUAUAUAAGUCUGACAUACUCAGUGUGCCAUAAAUUACUCAAGAGUAUUAGGAGAGUCUCAGACUGGCACAUGGAAAUGCUGUUUCUCCAGCUCUUAUUGAGUGCUGCAGGAAUGAGUCCUAAAUGAGUUAGCAUUUUAGCACUUCUGGUUCCCUUGUCUAGAAGUCAAUGGGUUUUUAGUUGGAUGCCUGAAAUAAGGUCUGUGGUUAACACAAGCUGAAGAGAUUUUAACAUUUUGUUCUACACUAUAAAAUACAUCAAUAAAUAACCCUCUCUUGAAUUUUGAAGCUUUUACGUUAAACUAACAAGUGGCUAAAUGAGUCUACUAAACUCCAUCACGCCGACUCGCCCGCCUCUACAGCCUUGUUGAGUAUACUUGCGCUCAUGCGACUGUGGUGUAGUAUGUUUAUAGCCUAACGUUAGCUUUUUACUUCUGGCGAUUGCAUUUACACUUCAAAAAUCAUAAAAGUGGUGUUCAUUUGUAAAGAUUAUCUUUCAGA